CACUGGUCCAAGCAAUCUUUAGCGGUGAUCCCGAGGAGAUACGGAUGCUCAUCCAUAAGACUGAAGAUGUGAAUGCUCUGGAUUCUGAGAAACGAACCCCGCUUCAUGUGGCCGCAUUUCUGGGAGAUGCAGAGAUCAUUGAACUCCUGAUUCUGUCAGGGGCUCGUGUGAAUGCCAAGGACAACAUGUGGCUGACCCCACUGCACCGGGCUGUUGCUUCCAGAAGUGAAGAAGCAGUACAAGUACUGAUUAAGCACUCAGCUGAUGUCAAUGCAAGGGACAAGAACUGGCAGACCCCCCUCCAUGUGGCAGCAGCCAACAAAGCUGUCAAAUGUGCAGAAGUGAUCAUUCCCUUGCUGAGCAGUGUCAAUGUCUCUGACCGAGGGGGACGCACAGCCUUGCACCAUGCAGCUCUGAAUGGCCACGUGGAGAUGGUCAAUUUACUCUUGGCCAAAGGAGCAAACAUUAAUGCUUUUGACAAGAAGGACAGGCGUGCUCUGCACUGGGCAGCAUAUAUGGGCCACCUGGAUGUUGUGGCAUUGCUUAUUAACCACGGAGCGGAAGUGACCUGUAAGGAUAAGAAGGGUUACACCCCUCUGCAUGCCGCAGCCUCCAAUGGACAGAUCAAUGUUGUCAAACAUCUCCUGAAUCUGGGGGUAGAGAUUGAUGAAAUCAAUGUCUAUGGAAAUACGGCGCUUCACAUCGCCUGCUACAAUGGACAGGAUGCUGUAGUUAAUGAGCUGAUUGACUACGGUGCUAACGUGAACCAGCCCAACAACAACGGGUUCACCCCUCUGCAUUUUGCUGCUGCCUCCACUCAUGGUGCUUUGUGUCUUGAAUUGUUAGUAAACAAUGGGGCAGACGUGAACAUUCAGAGUAAAGAUGGCAAAAGUCCACUGCACAUGACAGCUGUCCAUGGAAGGUUCACACGGUCACAAACCCUCAUUCAGAAUGGAGGUGAAAUUGACUGUGUGGAUAAAGAUGGCAACACUCCUCUUCAUGUGGCUGCAAGAUACGGUCACGAGCUUUUGAUUAACACCUUAAUAACCAGCGGAGCUGACACAGCCAAGUGUGGAAUCCAUAGCAUGUUUCCCUUACAUUUAGCCGCCCUUAAUGCUCACUCUGACUGCUGCAGAAAGUUGUUAUCAUUGGGCUUUGAAAUAGACACCCCAGAUAAAUUUGGAAGAACGUGCCUUCAUGCUGCCGCUGCAGGAGGUAAUGUGGAAUGUAUAAAACUCUUGCAGAGCAGCGGAGCAGAUUUCCAUAAAAAGGACAAGUGUGGGAGGACUCCUUUGCACUAUGCAGCUGCAAAUUGUCAUUUCCACUGUAUUGAGACAUUAGUGACCACAGGGGCCAACGUUAAUGAAACAGAUGACUGGGGACGGACAGCUCUGCACUAUGCCGCUGCAUCAGACAUGGACAGGAAUAAGACUAUCUUAGGAAAUGCCCAUGAAAAUUCAGAAGAACUUGAAAGAGCCAGGGACCUGAAGGAAAAGGAAGCUGCACUAUGUCUAGAAUUUCUUCUUCAAAAUGAUGCAAAUCCGUCUAUCCGGGACAAAGAAGGUUACAAUAGCAUACAUUACGCUGCUGCCUAUGGGCACAGACAAUGUCUGGAAUUGCUUUUGGAAAGAACCAACAGUGGUUUUGAAGAAUCAGAUUCUGGUGCUAUCAAGAGUCCACUCCACUUAGCCGCCUACAAUGGGCACCAUCAAGCCUUGGAAGUCCUUCUGCAGUCACUGGUGGACCUGGACAUCAGGGACGAGAAAGGCCGCACUGCUCUGGAUCUGGCUGCCUUUAAGGGACACACAGAAUGUGUGGAAGCACUGAUCAAUCAGGGCGCGUCCAUCUUUGUGAAAGACAAUGUAACCAAAAGAACCCCGCUUCAUGCCUCAGUCAUUAACGGUCACACACUGUGUUUACGGCUAUUGCUAGACAUUGCAGACAACCCAGAAGUGGUGGACGUGAAAGAUGCCAAAGGACAAACCCCACUGAUGCUUGCAGUAGCAUAUGGACAUAUUGAUGCUGUUUCACUGUUACUUGAAAAGGAAGCAAAUGUAGAUGCUGUUGAUAUCCUAGGAUGCACAGCUUUACACAGAGGGAUUAUGACAGGACACGAGGAAUGUGUGCAAAUGCUACUGGAACAAGAAGUGUCAAUUCUCUGUAAAGACUCCAGAGGGAGGACGCCCUUGCACUACGCAGCUGCUCGUGGCCAUGCCACGUGGCUGAGUGAGCUGCUGCAGAUGGCUGUUUCCGAGGAGGACUGUUGUUUCAAAGAUAACCAAGGCUACACACCCCUGCACUGGGCUUGUUACAAUGGUAAUGAAAACUGUAUAGAGGUACUUUUGGAGCAAAAAUGUUUUCGCAAAUUUAUUGGUAAUCCCUUUACUCCCCUGCACUGUGCAAUAAUAAAUGAUCAUGAGAAUUGUGCAUCCUUGUUACUUGGGGCCAUAGAUGCCAGUAUCGUCAGUUGUAGAGAUGACAAAGGCAGGACACCCCUUCAUGCGGCAGCAUUCGCUGAUCAUGUGGAGUGCUUGCAGCUUCUUUUGAGACACAAUGCUCAAGUGAACGCAGUAGACAAUUCAGGGAAAACAGCACUGAUGAUGGCUGCUGAGAACGGGCAGGCAGGCGCCGUGGAUAUUUUGGUGAACAGUGCCCAGGCUGAUCUGACUAUAAAAGAUAAGGACUUGAACACACCCUUACAUCUGGCGAGUAGUAAAGGUCAUGAAAAAUGUGCCUUGUUAAUACUUGACAAGAUACAAGAUGAGAGCCUUAUUAAUGCAAAAAAUAAUGCACUGCAGACACCCCUCCAUGUUGCUGCACGCAAUGGCUUGAAGGUGGUAGUUGAGGAGUUGCUGGCCAAAGGGGCCUGUGUCCUUGCUGUAGAUGAAAAUGCUUCUAGGUCAAAUGGACCCCGUUCCGCACCUGGAACAGCUGUACAAAAAGAAGAAUGAAAGACUCUUUAAAACUUAUGCACGUACACACAUGGGUGUGUAUAUGUACAUGUACAUGUAUGUAUGUAGUUCAUCAACCAGCUAUACAUGAGGACCAAAAUGCUUCAGUCUAAAAUGGAAGAUUUAAAGUUUUUUUCCUUCAAAACGCAAGUGAGAACUGAAGUAGCUUUUCUAUGGGGUUAAAAUGUAAUCUUUUGGUGUAACAGUCUUCGUUGUGUUUUAUAUUUCUUAUGACACAGAUUUCUAGUUGACAGCGUAACAUCUGUAACUGAAAAUGUGUUGACUAUGGUUUAUUUUUUGCCAAAUUAGAGAAAAUGUCCAUACACUUUUCAUGUGAAUGUGUUCAUAUUUAUUUGAAAUGAAACAAAUACCAAGGAAACAUCCAUUGUUUAUUUGCUAUGUAUCUGAUUUGGAAUAACAAAAAAGUGGAAAAACACACUUGAGCCUGGGCUAGCCAAGAGCCCUGGGGCCAGACCCAGCAUUUCCACUGCUAAAGUUUCCAAUGGACUGUUAGGUUCUUCUUUGUUGGCUAGAGAGGGGCACAACCCCCAUCACUCACCCCCAGUCUGGAGUCAGCUUAGAGCUUAGAAGACACUGGGGUCUGUAUGCUCUUCUGCCUGAUGAAGAUGGAAGUGUGUAGUAGAUCGUAUAGACAAAGAUGGUCCCAAAAAAGAUCCAGAAGUUACCCGAAAUACACUGAAAAAUCUUACAGGGUCCCAGUAACCUUAUGGGAAAUGAUGCCAAUGUGUGGGUACAUACGCUAAGAGGAGAAAUAAAAAUCACUAGCUCAAGUGCUAUUUUCCACUUGAGGAAGAGACAGCCAAGAACCCUGUUGAAUUAGGACAGUUCUCUCUGACAUUUUAUAAUGGGUUUCAUUUUUAUCCCCCAAAUUUCUAUUUAUAGUGUGAGAGAUUUUUACAACAGUGUUCUAUCAUAUCUGGAUCAAAUACAAAUACUGUAUUAUAUUUUUCAUCUAGCUAUAAAAAUCUUUGAUCUCAUUCUUUUAAUAUCCUGGAUUUAAUGAAAACUCAUGUGGGAUUCUUCACAAAUGAGAAUUUAUUCAAAGGACUUAAGAACUGGUAUUAAUCUUAUUGAAAAUUUUUAGCACCGCCACCAUUUUCUUUUUAUUCUUGGUGUUGUAUUUCCCUCCUUCUUCUGUCCUUUCUGUUUGUUUAGAAAAGAUGUCUUUUUAAAAAGUAGAUAAAGUGCUAAUGAGCAAUAAAGACCUUACCUUUACCAAAACACUGAAAAUGAGGGAGAUCUAAUGUUGAAGAAGCACAAUAUACUACGGUGUCUUUUUCUAGAAAUGAAUGGAAAUCUUGCUCAGUUGGCAUUUAAAGCCAGAACUAAAAAUGCCUGUGCUCAUGGUGAAGCAGCGUUAAUAUUUUUCCUGUAGAGCAGCAGAGAGUACAAGGACCCUUUCAGCAAAGCAGUGACUGACCAGGACACAUUAUCUCCAUGGAGCUGCAUUUUGACCUUCCCCCACUCUCUCUUACCAAUAGAAGGAGGACAAAAGAAUGAAAUGAAAUCAUGCUCACAAUGAACUGAUCGUUGAAUCAAUUGACGUAUCUUUCUUUCUCCCCCUCCCUUUCUCUCAUUCUAUUCCUCCCUUCCCCGAGACCACAUUUUUUCCUUUCAGAAAUGACUUUAAAAACUAUAAUUUUCUGUUUGUUUUGAUUACAUCUCUUAGAAAUAAAAUUGUUUGUAACAUAGCUUUCGAAGGAAAAAAAAAACAGAAAAUGUUGUGUUUUUAAUUGAGUCUUAAAAACUGAGUUGCUGAGUGCUUUUACCUAAAUGUGUUAUUUUUAAACUGUAUUUUAACCACAGCCACAGGGAUCACGUUUCAUUGCACUUACCUAUUCAGCCGUGUCUGUCUCUCUUUGGUAAAUAUGUUACUAUCUCCAACUUGCCUAAAAUCUGCUAUGAUUCUACAGUAAAUAGCUCAGGGGAUUUCUAUUUGUCACUAUUAAAAGGGCACCAUAGUAUGUUUCGGUACUUUGGGCAGUAAACACUGCUUCAUUUAUUAUUUUAUUAUUAAAUUAGAACGAGAACAUCCAAUGAAUUUGCUGCACUAGUGUUCUUUGUACGGUUGAGCAACUUGGUGUGCUUAUCUGUUGUGUUGGUUGAAGAGCCCAUCCCUUUUUUGUCUUGUAAUAUGAAGUUAGAGUGCCUUUUUAAAUUUGUAUAUUCUGAAAAUGUUCUGUGAAAUGUUUUGUAAUUUUUUCAUGUGCGUGUUAUCGGAGCAAUAUGAUACCAGUGAGUUUUUAUUUCAACCUUUCUUUGAAUGUAAAAAGUGUCUUUUUUCCUAUUUCCCCUUUUACUUGCAUUGAAAUGAAUAUGAAAAUGCUAAAGUUUUCUAUAGGAAAAUAUGUUGGAUUUUGCAGUGCUAAAGUGCUUUCUUCUUACAAAACUGUAAACCAUAGGUCAGUAUUAUAGGGGAAAAGCGUUUCAAAGAUAGUGACAAUCUGAGUGUUUGUAUAAAAUGUAAUUCUAUGCGUUUCUUAUGCAGUGAUCUAAAACUUCAAUGCAAAUAUCUUUUGUUUGGUAGUUUUGUCUACAUAUUUUAUGCUUUAGCAUGUGCAAUAUAUAUUUGCAAAGCACGAUGAUACAAAUCUGGUGCCAGUGUUAUAUUUUGCAUAACAUAUUUGUAACAGCAUAAAAUAUUGUUUGAUGAUUUCAGUGGGAUUUGUCUAUAAUGUUUUUUUAUGUAAAUUGGAGCUGAAUGACUCUGAUAAAUGUCAUAAUUGUAAAAAUGAGGAAAAUGACUUUUAGUUCAGUGAAUGACUUUGAACCAAUCUGAAUCUUCUCAAGCACAGUUUAAUACUUUUGCAACUACUGAAUGCUCUAAUAAUGUAAUGAAGUACUUAACUGUAAUAUACUAUGGAAAUGCAUUCAGAUGGUUAUUUUUACAAAAUAAAAACGGUACAAAUAUUGUUGGAA